AUGGCCAAAGAAAAGGAAAAGAGCCCUGAAGAAAUAUACGCCGCGAAGUUAGACAUGUGUAUAACUGACGGGAUUGUAAAAACAGGAGGUGGUGUCCUACUUGGUGCUUUGACAUCAGUGCUAUUCCUUGGUCGACGAAGAUGGCCUCUCAUAGCUGGUAUGGGAGUCGGUAUUGGACUUGCCUACGCCAACUGCGAGUAUGAGUUAAAUCCUAAAAAAGACAAUACCCUAUGA